UUGCCGCUCAAUUUUGGCGCAGAUUUUUGGCGUCAUUUGUUUUCUUGGUAGUCGAGAUUAGUACGCCAGUCUGGGCGCUUGAAAAAUGUCCAAAAAACUAAAUACUAGCGCUGGUGGCACGCCAAAAAACACUCUGUUUAACUACUUUGCCAAAUCGCCAGCAGUUGACAAAAGGAAACUCACGCCCAGCAACGGCGGUGGCAGCGAGCUACAAAAGGAGAACUUGCAGAAUGGAAAUCUGAAGAGUGCGAAAAAGGAGUCCAAGCCGGCUGCCAAACGCAAGUUGCCGAUUUCAGCCAGCCCUGAUGAUAAGCACAGUGAGAAGGAGCAGGAGAAAGGCCAACGUAAGCGAAAACGUAUUAUAGUGCCCGAAUCAGAAAGCGAAGAAGAAUACGAAUCCAAAUCGGAGCCGGACUUUUCCGAUGAUGGCUCCGAGUAUGAGCCGGAUGGCAAAGACGCCACCAUCAGUGAGGAGAGCGAAAGUGGCGACGAGGAAGCGGAGCCCAGCGAGUUGGAAACAGACGACGAUCCCACGCCCAAGAAGCAGCGCACAAAGGCUUCGAAAAAACACAUUAACAACAACAACAACGAUGAGCCUGCCAGCAAGAAGGCCAAGAUUGAUGCUCCUGUAUUGGCUGCCGGUGGCACGUUCAUGGAAAAGCUGCAACAGCUACAAAGCAAUGCCAAAAAGGACGCUGCGUACGAUGAAAUUGUGACCACAACAUCAAAUAUGGAUGAACCAGUUGUGUGGCCACAUCAGAAGCUGGACUUCCUGCAGCCUGACAAGAUUAAAGACAAGGCCGGCAGGCGACCAGAUCAUCCCGACUACGACAAGAGCACGCUGCACGUGCCCGAGAAGUUUCUCAAUGGACUGUCGCCGGGCGUGCGUCAGUGGUGGAUACUCAAGUCGGACAACUACGAUUGUGUGCUCUUCUUCAAGGUGGGCAAGUUCUAUGAGCUGUAUCACGGCGACGCCGAUGUGGGCGUAAAUGAGCUGGGCUUUACCUACAUGCGCGGCGAAUUUGCCCACUCUGGCUUUCCAGAAAUCUCCUUUGACAAGAUGUCCUCCAUACUGAUAGACAGGGGCUAUAAGGUGGCACGGGUGGAGCAAACCGAAACUCCGGACAUGAUGAUCGAGCGCUGCAAACGUAUAAAGGCCACAAAGUUCGACAAGGUUGUCGCUCGUGAGAUCUGUCAGAUAACGGAUCGUGGCACCCAAGUGUUUGGCUCGCAGUGCGCCAUUGGACCCAAUCAUCAGCCCAAUUAUAUGUUGGCCAUAGUGGAGCAGGAUACGGGCACGAGUAGCAAAUAUGGCAUCUGCUUUAUAGACACCUCCAUUGGUGAUUUCCAUGUGGGCGAAUUCGAGGAUGACAAAAGCUGCUCUCGCCUGUUGACGCUUAUCUCCCAUCACAUGCCUGUCCUGCUGCUUCACGAGAAAUCAGCGCUUAGCUCUCGCACGCAACAAAUUCUACGCACUGUGCUCGGCGGCAUACUCAAGGAGCAGCUGCCUUGUGCUGGCAACCAGCUCUGCAGUGCUGAGAAGACGCUGAAGUUGCUAGCGGAGCGCUACUAUGCUGGCAAUGGCACUGAGGAUAACUGGCCAUUGGUGUUGCGCACAAUGCAGUCGGACACGGAUCACCUGGGCCUCACGCCUGCGGAGCCCUACAAGCUGGCACUUAAAGCUCUGGGUCAGUGCAUUCACUACAUAGCCAAAUGUAAGCUGGAACCCAAAGUGCUGCCCAUGGCGCGUUAUCAGCUAUAUGUGCCGCCCGAUCAAGAGCAGGAAGCGAAUACCAAGCAACCGCUGGCUGCUACACUGCGUCGCUCUCACAUGGUAUUGGAUGCCACUACAUUAUCUAAUCUGCGCAUUGUGGGCGAGGAGCAUUCGCUGCUGUCGACGCUGGAUCAUUGCUGCACCAAGUUUGGGAAGCGGUUGCUGCAUCACUGGCUAUGCGCGCCCAGCUGUGAUUUGGCUGUACUGCGUGAGCGACAGGAGGCGAUUGGGGAGCUGCUGCGCCAGCCCGAUGAACUGCAGCAGUUGCGGGCUUUGCUGGCGCCCAUGCCGGACUUUGAGCGGCAUUUGGCUCAGAUUCAUCUGUUUGGCAGUAAGCGCAUUGCCCAAACAGAGCAUCCAGACUCCAGGGCCAUACUCUUCGAGGAGAAGCUGUACAACAAACAGAAGUUGCGCAGCUUUAUGAGCAUACUCAAGGGAUUCGAGACGCUUAUGAAAUUGCCGUUAAUGUUUCAGCAAUGCGAGACAAAGCUAAUGCAGCGUUUAACCCAGUUGCCGCCAAAUGGGGGCACUUAUCCCGAUCUCAGCAAGCAGCUGAAGUUCUUUGAAAAUGCCUUCGAUCAUGAGGCAGCCGACAAGACGGGUGUAAUUGCGCCGCAGCCUGGCGUGGAUGCCGACUACGAUGAGGUGCAGCAGCGCAUAGCAGACGUCCAGGAACGCCUGAAGGCUUAUCUUACCGAGCAGGAACGCCAUUUUGGCUGUCGUGUGGUAUACUUUGGCUCGGAUAAAAAACGAUAUCAGCUGGAGGUGCCAGAGUCGCAUGCGCACAAGGCCAACAAGUCGUAUGCACUGGAGGGUCAGAUCAAGGGAAAGAAGGCCGCGCGUCGGUACACCACAGCGGAAACAAAAGCGCUGCUGAAGGAUAUGCAGCAGGCGGAAGAGGCGCGCAAUACGGUGCUCAAGGAUUUGGCUCGUCGCCUCUUUGAAAAGUUUUCCAAUCACUAUCAACAGUGGAAGCAGUGCAUCGACUGUGUGGCCACGCUAGAUGUGCUCGCCGCCCUGGCGGAAUAUGCGCGCCAGCAAUUGGUCAUCUGUGUGCCGGAGCUGGUCUCGGCACAGCAGGCACAGCCCUUCAUAGAACUGGAGGAAGGCUAUCAUCCAUGCGCAAAUCCAUCUACUUACAUACCCAAUGGCCUGCAGCUGGGCACCAACUCGGAGGCACCGCUAUCGUUACUUACUGGCCCCAAUAUGGGCGGCAAGAGCACGCUAAUGCGACAGCUCGGCUUGUUGGUUAUCAUGGCACAAAUUGGUGCUCAUAUUCCUGCUGUCAGCUGCCGGCUUUCGCUUGUGGAUCGCAUUUUCACGCGCCUAGGCGCACAGGAUGAUAUACUGGCCGGUCACAGCACCUUCCUGGUGGAGCUUAACGAAACAUCGCUUAUACUGAAGCAUGCUACGUGCAACUCUCUGGUGCUGCUUGAUGAACUGGGACGCGGCACGGCCACUUACGAUGGCACCGCCAUCGCCGCCUCUGUGGUCAACUUUUUGGCCAAUCUGAAGUGUCGCACGCUGUUCUCUACGCAUUACCACAACCUGAUUGACUUCUUUCACACGGACAAAAGAAUUACACUGGGCCAUAUGGCGUGCAUGGUUGAGAAUGAGGACAACACAGAUCCCACACAGGAGACAGUCACCUUCCUGUACAAAUACACAGCGGGUGCUUGCCCCAAAUCGUAUGGCUUUAAUGCAGCUAAGCUGGCAGGCAUGCCACACGGCAUUAUCAAACGUGCCUACGAGCUAUCCAAAAAAGUAGAGGCCAUUGCACUUCAGCGCAAAAUUACAGCUAAAAUUGUAGCAGCAGCUGCAGGUGAUGUAAACAAAAAGCCGGAUAAACUAAAUAACUUGAAAGAUUUGCUGCAGCAGCUGAAAAUGUGUCAUGUCUAGAGACAAAAUGUAUUAUUAACCCUCGACUAGAUGCCAGCUACGGAGGAGGCUCACAAAAGAAAAGUUAAGCAAACAUUUGUUCAUUUUUCUUGUCAUAUAUAAACACAGCUUGUUUUGCUGUCUUAGAUGUUUGAGAAAUAUUACGUAUACGUUGCUAAAGCCCAUGAAAUUCCGCAUUAUUGCCAUAGGCUGUUUAUUACUAUGCAGUAUUUUCAUUAAAACUAUAAUUAUUUUUUUUAUUCAUAAAAACGUUUGCCA